GCUUCCGGCGCGGAGGGUGACGCCACGGGGCGCCGCCGCGCGGCAUGCGGGCGCUGCGUCUGGGCCGCGGAGUCGUCGGGGCGGCGCGGGAGGGGGGAUGCCGGGCGCCGCCGCUGGCGCUGCGCGUCCCUCCUGCUCGGGCAGUGCCGGUGGGCCCCGUCCCGGUGCCCCCGCGCCCGGCGUGGCGGCAGGGCGAGCGGCGGCCGACCCCGACCCCGCAGCAAAAUGUGACAGUGGAGGUGCUGGAUCACUUGGAGCACCUGGCCUUGGUUGAUUUCCGUGAUGCAGAGGGCGUAGAGCGGCUGCAGAAAGCAAUCCAGUUUGCUGAUCAGCUUCAUGAAGUAAACACGGAUGGAGUAGAACCGAUGGAUUCGGUCCUGGAGGACAGGUGUCUGUAUCUCAGAGAAGAUGAUGUUACAGAAGGCAACUGCACGAACGAGCUGCUGAAAAAUGCCAGGGAGAAAGUAGAGGAGUAUUUCGUAGCCCCACCAGGUAACAUCCCUUUACCAAAGCUAGAAGAACGAGAGACUUUUCUGCAGGGUUCCUAGCGAACGCCCAGAACCCCAACACCAUUUUGGUAUUUCACUGGGGAGAACGGAGGUUAGUGCAGUCAUGGCUGAGAAGCCCUGGCAUGCAUUUUGACCUAAAGAAGAGCACUUGCAAGACAACUUACAAGAGGAGGAAGGUGUAAGAAGUUCAGUAGUGCUACUGAAAUGUUCAGUGUUAUGAGGCUGGAAGCCAGCAUGACAUAUGACCUUAGUGCUGUUAUUUAGCAAUGUGAAUUUGAUGUCAUUCUUUGAGAUACUGAAUGGCUUAAGGCUUUAAAGAGAAAGUUAAAAGGUGAUGAUUUUAAAAAACCCCAGAACACCUUAUUUUUCCUCAACAAGUUUGUAAGGAAAACAAGAGAGGUUGGAAGUCAGUAUCUGCCUGUUUCUGACCUUUAGUUCGGCUCUGGCUCUGUCAGAAGUAACGAAGUCUGGUACGGAAGAGUCUGUACCACUGCUGAGUGCCUCUCUGGUGUACGGACAGAACUCAGAUUUUCAUUACAGAAGAAAAGGCACUUUGAGGAGAUGAUUCACUGAAAUAUUGAAUAUUUCCAUUUUAUCUCUAUGCCCCAUGUCUGUGUGGGUUACCUUCUAUUUCCCACUUUGCAUUUUUAUUCUCACAAAUUAAAUACUCUGAGUUGGAUGUAAUUUGAAAAAGAACUUUUCGUACACAGAAAUAGCUGCUCUAAAAUGAAAAAUCUUUCCCAUAAAUAUUUCUGUACGCCAGACAUGUAUUUCUGGUGAUACUAGUGAAGUUUGCUGGAUUAAACCAUUUUUUCUAUUUCCAACAAAGCAUUGCAGGAUAUUUUAAAUAACACAAAAAUUGUGUGGCUAGGCUUGUUGUAAAUAAAGAAUGUAAUUACUUAUGAA